AUGACUCUUCAGUUGUACAUUCAAUUCGGACAGCAAGACUCGCCGCUGUCCAUCAGCGCCAACAUCGCAGGCAUCCUGACCUUUGUGGUCGCAAUCGUCGCAGCCAUCUACGCCCGGCUCACGUACUUGCGCAACAGUGACGAAGAGUACUUCCGUGUCAAGACUUCUUUGUCAUGGUACAAGACAGAAUCAGCGUGGCUGGCAGACCUCGUGACUGCCAUCAACGCUCAGCAUGAGGGCUUUCAUGCCUACCAGCCUGAAUAUCAGAUGUACACCUUCGUUAUGGAAGAUCUCUUAAAUCUUGAGCAGCGUCUGCUUGAUCUGGUGGCUGAGACGGAGGCCAAAGCGAGCAUUGGCGACGAAGGUCAGAGGUGGACACUGGUGCCGAGGAGUUGGCGCGGUGGCCGUACGACGGUUGCCAUGGCCUGGUUACCGGUGCGGACAAAGGCGUUGGAGCUGGUGAGGCAGCGAGAGGGGUUGACAACCAGAGUCCAGUUUAUGCAGACUAGCAUGAUCUCGUCGCGGUUGCGGGACCUGGAGUCAAGGACGAAAUGGCGCGAGAUGAAGAUGGACGAGAGCUCACGUAAGCUGGAGGUUCUGGUUGAGAGCCAGAGGGAUCGGAUUCACCGGUUAGAGGAACUCGUGGGCCGAUUAACGCACCAUGACCAAUCGAAUCUUUCGCGCGUCGGGACCUUGACAAGCCAGGGAGUUAAAAGGAGCGAAUCGAUGGAUUUAUUUGAGGAUGAUGUUUCAACCACGGUAGGCGAGCCUGGGGAGGCGCAAGCUGGUAAAAGCCCAGAGGAGGUCCAGUUCGAUGACUGCCCAAAGCCACAGGCAGCCUACGGGCGGAGCCUGCUUCAGGACAGCAAGGUACCCGAACUCGUUGGUAAUGUAGAUGAUAUGGCAGCCGGCGGAAAUGCUCAUGGUGAAAAAGAUGAGUUGGCGAAGAGGCUCUUGCCAGCCUCUCGGAACGAAGGGGACAAAGGUUGGGGCCGAGUAAUGGGGGUGCUCGUUAUUGUCCACCUGGCGCUGUCGACGGUCGGCUUCGGCAAACAGGUCACGCUGCUUUGCAAAAUCGAGGAGGGUCUGUUCGCUGGGACCGGAGCGAUCGGGAUGCGCAUAUUUGAUGUCCUUGACGGACUUUUCCUUCUUUUCCUUGCGUUGACGAGCCAUGGGGUCUCCCAUCCAUCCCACUCCCGCUCUCGCGCCGGUGUCUUUCCAGGGGAUCAUGCGCUGAGUCGUAGCGCCUAUCGACCACUCGGGGGUCGACUGAGCAAAAAGGUGGCAUUUGCGACAGCCCUCGUGCCAGUUUCCCCUCCACGACGUCUUCACCUCCGAUUCAACCUUUAUCUUGCCUCCAAGAACCCCGAUUAUACAGAAUCGCAUACGCUUGUGACCAUGGACUUUCUCCUUAUCCUCGCUGCGCUGGCGGUUAUCCUCCCCGGCCUGUACAUGUACCUGGCCAACGUCGCACAAACGAGCUGGCCAGCCCUCAAGAACAAGCGCAUCUGUCUCUUGAUUGCGCACCCGGACGACGAGGCCAUGUUCUUUUCUCCUACGGUCCUGGCCCUCACGAGACCCGGCACGGGCAACCACGUAAAGAUUCUAUGUUUGAGCACUGGGAACGCAGAUGGACUAGGAGAUGUUCGCAAGAAGGAACUGGUCAAGAGCGGCAUGGCGCUGGGCUUGAGCGACGAGGAUGAUGUGUUUGUGGUGGACAACCCGACCGACUUUCCCGACUCAAUGACCAGAAUGUGGGACAAGAACAUGAUUGCCGGCCUCCUCGGCAGCGCCUUUGCGCCCCAGUUCGGCCACCAGCGCGCCAACAACAUGCAGCCCACAGCCAACAUCGACGUGCUCAUCACCUUUGACAGCUACGGCGUUUCUUCGCACCCCAACCACAUCUCACUGUACCUCGGCGCGCGAUCCUUCGUCCAAGCGCUGACCAACGAGUCGGCGUUCCCGAGCCCCGUCGACCUGUACACGCUCACCACGUUGGGCAUUGCGCGCAAGUACUCGUCCUUCCUAGACGUCUUUGCGACGCUUCUAUCUUGGAAGAGCGCCAAGGGCGAGGACAAGGCGCACCCCGAGUCUCUUGUCUUUAUGAACCAGCUUGUCGGUGGUCAUGCGUUCGGAACGGCCUGGCGCGCCAUGACGGAGGCGCACAAGAGUCAGAUGGUGUGGUUCCGCUACGGCUGGAUCACUCUCAGCCGAUACAUGGUUAUCAACGACCUGCGCCUGGAGAAGUUCAAGGAGCAGAAGUGA